CAGAAAUGGGCGUUUCUUAAUCACUACCCGUCCUGACGUGUGCUUCUGAUACAUACACAUAUAGACCUCGCAUAGCUCCACAGACAGAUCUCUCUGAAUUUCUGAUCCUCAUCAGCUACACAAGCUGCUUCUCUUCUCUCUUUGGACAGGAAAAAUUCCCUUGUCUGCAAUGCAGAGGGAUGUGGCACCAUGUUGGGAUCUCUCGGUCACAGUGCUGCGAGCGAAGUUCAGUGCUUUACUUGACUACUUUUCUCAGUCUGACCUCUAUGUGAUCUUGAGCAUGCCCACAGUCUCGAUUCACACUAUGAGAACUAAAAGCAUUCCAAACUGCAACUUACCUGAGUGGAAUGAGACCUUCCACUUCCGUGUGAACAGCCACAUCAAGAAUAUUCUGGAGCUAAACGUCUAUGAUGAGGAUCCCAGCCGAGACGACCUGUGUAUUAGGCUCUUCUUUGACAUCAGCACCCUCAUACUGGGCAAGAAGGAGACCAAAGUCUUCAUAACUAAUGAAAAGAAAAAGGAUGAGCUGUGGGUGGAUUUCAAGAUCACAGAGUGCCCUGAAGCUUCUCGAGAAUAUCUCUCCAAUGGAGUUCUUGUAGCGGCGCCGCUGUCCAUUGUGGAGGUGACGAUUGAUAAACUACCACCUGAGGUCAGAAAGAACAUGAUGUUAACAUUGCGAGGGGCAUAUAACGAAGAUCAAGUCGUCUCCACUUCACAGGAACGCAACCGCAUGCAGACUCUUCGCUACUUCAUUAGCAAAGACGUGGAGCCCAAGAUUGAACUUCAGGCGGAUGGGAAGGAAGCAAGGACAGUUUCUUCCCCACCGUCCCUGCUGUCCUCUGCGUCCACAUCAGAGUUCACCUUCUCUUUUCCUGCAAUAAAGGAUACAGUCAAUUUGCAGGUGAACACAGUAGACUGCUCUGUAAAGGACAUGAAGGUGCGUAUGGAUUUUGACAUACCUGCUGAGGAGAAGGCGUUUCUGGUGAAGAGGAGAGAGGUGGUUUCUCGUGCACUGCAGAAAAUACUCAAACUCAAAUCUUCCCUCGAUCCCAGUAAGGUGCCAACAGUGGCUGUGGUGUGUACAGGAGGUGGCACGAGGGCCAUGACAGGCAUGUAUGGCUCUCUGAAAGGACUGCAGCAUUUUGGCUUGCUGGAUGUCAUCAGCUACAUCACCUCUUUGUCUGGCUCCACCUGGACUAAUGCUUAUCUGUACAACGACCCACACUGGUCAGAGAAAGACCUGGAUGAGGCAAUUAAUUCGGUGAAGAAGGAACUCUCAAAGGGAACCAAAACUCUGUUCGGACUGAGACGGAUGUGGUAUUAUCACUCAGAGCUGCGUCAGAAAAAGAAGGAUGGUCAUCCUAUCUCGCCGAUCGACCUGUGGGGGCUCAUUAUAGAAAAUGCUAUUUAUGGAAAGAAAAACAAAGCUAAACUGUCUGACCAGCAGGAGGCAGUCUCUGAGGGCCAGAACCCUCUGCCAAUCUACACAGCUGUGAACAUGAAGACGGAUCCUGUAGGCUCCAUGAUGGCUGAGUGGUGUGAGUUUACUCCAUAUGAGGUGGGAUUUCCCAAAUACGGAGGCUUUGUGCCUGCAGAACAUUUCGGGAGCGAGUAUUUCCUUGGUCAUCUGGUUAAGAAACUACCGGAGAUACAAGUCUCCUUCCUUUUGGGCAUGUGGAGCAGUGUCUUCUCUGUGAACCUGAUGCUGCUCUGGAAACAUGUCACUGGAAAGAUGCCGCCCUGGACCUCAUGUCUGGGGGAGGAUGUGUCUAGCAUCGAGACAGAUGAUGUUGACUCAACCCUGGAUACCACGGUGCUCACUUCGGAGCCUUCGCUAUUCAGCAACUUAAUGCACAGGCGUCCCAUUAUCUGCAAAGUGUUCAACUUCCUGCGAGGAUUCGUACUGCACAACAAGUACCGUGAAAGCUCCACCUUCAACACCUCGGAAGAGACACAUCUGGACGCGUUUCCGAACAGGCUGACCCCGAUGGACCGCACCCUUGGCCUGGUAGAUGCUGCAUUUGAAUUCAAUUCAGCCUUCCCUCCUGUGCUGAGGCCACACCGACACGUCGACGUGGUUCUGUCUCUCAGCUACUCCUGGGAUAAAGAUCAUCUAAAGGUCCUUAAGAAAACUCAGCAAUACUGUGCCAUCCGCCAGCUGCCUUUCCCAAACAUAGACUUCAGCAAGUUUGAGAGUGAGCCUCCAAGGGAAGUGUACGUGUUUGAGGAUGAGGAGAAUCCCGAUGCUCCCAUAGUGGUCCAUUUCCCACUGGUCAACAUCACAUUCAAAGAGAAUAAAGCACCAGGAGUGAAGAGACAGGGAAAGAAGGAGCUGAAGGCUGGAAAAGUCGACGUGAGCACUGGAUCUUCUCCAUAUGUCACAUCAAACCUUACAUACAAGGCGGAUGACUUUCAGAAAUUGGUGGACCUCACCUGCUAUAAUGUCUCCAACAACGUAGACAGCAUUGUGAGUGCUCUAGAGAGAGCUCUGAACAGAAAAGGGCUCGCUGGCAAAGAAAAGUAAAAACAUUUCAGCUUCAAUCAGCUACUUUAAAACCGUAGGUGGUAUGUCAUGUAAUUUUAGAAUUUCUAACUCUAAAAAUCAAGGAUGGCUGUAAUAGAUUGUGCUUUAUUUUAAAAUAAUAAUUGUAGCAGAAACUAAAGCUCUUACAGUUAAGGAAAUGUCAGGAGGAAAAAGAAUGAUCCAGAAAUGUAGCAAUACAGUGAAUGAUCCAGAAAUGUAAUACAGUGAAACCUCAGCAUAUGAAUUUAAUUCGUUCUGGAGGCGAGAUCUUAAGGUGAAAAUAUGUAUUGUGAAACAGAUUUUCCCAUAAGAAAUAAUGUAAAUGCAGAUAAUCGGUUCCAGCCACCCAAAAAUAUUAGCAAUAUUCCCAAUAUGAAGCGUAUGUAAACUGUACGGCUGCUUACAAAGCACUGGCCCAAGCCAAGCAUUCCAUGUCAAGGCUCCUCACAGGAAGUCGUGCCACCAAGCUUGGGCUAAAAAUAGAACAGACCGCCCACGCCACCAAUCUGUCAACAAAAAAACACCCCAAACAUCGGCUAGCUAUAAUUCGUAAACUUGUUUCGGUUGGUUUUCCACUGACGCAAACAAGUUUUGAACGGGUCCCAGACGUACGUGCAACUUAGCUGGUGUUCAGUUCGGUUUGUUCAUAUGCAAAAAUGCUUCAUACAGUAUGUCAAUGCAAAGUUCUUGCAAAAUUUCAAUUCUUAUGGUGAAACUUCAUAAGGGAGGGCAUGUGGAGGUUGCACUGUACAGCUGAAAUGACAUAAAGAGAUGAUAUAGUCCAUCUUUCAUGUCACUCAGUGUGUUUUAUCCUGUUGUAACCCAAUCCAAUCUGUUACUCAGAGGGCAUGAUAAGAAAGUGCAGAAAGAGCUCUCCAACACAUUUCCUAUGAGAAAUUACAUUGGGCUAAAAUGGAUUUUUAAUCCCAUAGCUGCGUCUCUUACCAAAUAAUCUCCAAGCAUGUUUGUAUAAUCUUGCAUUUAGUUCUAUUUCUAUUACAGUAAACUUUUAUUGUAUUUUAUGUGUGUUGGUUGACAAGUUGCACUUUUUGUCUUGUUAAACUUCAAGACAAGAAAAAAAGGCUGGUUAGGGUAGCUAGAAGUUAUUAUAGUUAUAAUUGCUUCAUUGAUGUUCUUUAAAAUGCAGUAAAAAAAAAUUAAAAAUGAGAAAACACACACAUUAAAUAUAACUUAAGACCUGAUGUCCACUGAGAUGGACAUUAAACUUCAAAAAAAAAAAUCCUGUGCUCUACAACUUUAAAUUGUUUUCAAAUUGACUUUACAUAUUAUCAUUUGACACUGUUAAAAUUAUAAACAGUGCAAACUGAUAAAGCUACCAUGGACAUAAAAUAGCAUUUUAAAGGUGAAAAGUGUGCUUACUCCUCCUCUUGUUUAGUAGGUGAGCCAUGGCUGUGUUGUGUGACUCAUGAAGCUUGCUCAUAUUAAGUUAGGGGUCAUAAGUUGAUUGCAACUGGUCGAUUAGAGGUCAAUCAGUGACCUGGCAUUUUUCAAAUUCUGAAAAAAUACAUUUUUAUUGGUUUACAGAGAAAAACAUGUGAUGUCCAUUCCAAUGGAUGCAGGGUCUGAAAGGGUUAACCCAAUUAUUCAGUAAACCACUGUCUGUUAUUUUAAGCUCUAAAGCUUCAUACAACAUGGAUGAUGGAUAUAAUUUCUGGUGUCUAGAACAAAAAAAAACAUUUUAACAAAAGCUGUACUACAAUUUAACAUCCUCUACAUGCACACUCUGUAUGUGAUAUACAUAUAUUACAUGUUACUCUGCAUGCAGCUGCUAAAAAUUUAUUUCUCUCUUAAACUUUACAGCUAAGUAAGUGGGGCUCCUUUAAACACUGGUCUAUAUUAAUCCAUCAUAAAUAAAUAAAUGUCAUUUCAGACCACACUUUGUGUCAGCAUGCGCUUCGUUUCAGAUUUAAACUCUAUACGCUCAGCCUGCUAUGGUUUAUGAUCUACAUGUACCAUAUGGAGUGUAGUGUAGAAGUGAGUGAGGUGUACUUUUCUAGUAAAGGGAAAACACUACUAUGACCAUGGCUGGGAAUCGACAUAGACUCUUCUACACAAGCCAAA